GGAGAAAGAGCGAGACAGAGAGAGGAGAGCGAGAAAGAGAGAUAAAGAAGUGAGCAAGAAAGAGCGAAGGGAGGGUUUUGGUGGCUUGGACAACAGGAUUUAGGGCGGACUUGAAUCGAAUCCUAGCCGUUUGAACCUUCUCUGAUUCCGACUGUUGGGGAAUUUGAAUCUUCGUACGUCGUUGAUCACCGGUUUCCCCUUGGCUUUAGAUUGUUCGCUGUUGUGUGAUUGACAGAUAGAGGGAGGAUUGCGCAGAUCUGGCCCUCUGAGCGGUGUCUACUGCGUCAUCCUUAUCAAGCAGAUGACUUUAUUGAUUUAGCAAACUCGACUGUGCUUUCUGUGUUCCUGGUAUUGUGGUGUGCUUUGUUCUGUUUUGGAAAUAAUGGAGGCUGUUUAGAUUCUACUUCCCUGAUUAAUGAUAGUGUGCGGAUCAUUCUUCUACUUCAUCCUGUCUCAAUCGGCUUCUGAGUUUGGCGUCCACUUGAGAGUUAGAAAAAAGCUCUCGUCUGCCGCCAUCUCUGUUGCCGGCUGUGAAAACCAGUAUAGGUCGUUCUCUUCCUUUCAUGUUUCCUAACCUGGACAGCCCUGUUCAGACGCAGAUGGCUGUGGCAGUGUUUAAGAGUCCGCUUGGUGGGGAGUACCAUGGAAGUAAUAGGAUGGAGGGUAAACCUGCAGGGAGGAGACGUGUUUUUGUACAAACUGAGACUGGUUGCGUUUUGGGGAUGGAGUUAGAUCGGCGUGACAAUGCACAUACAGUGAAAAGGCGAUUGCAGCUUGCCCUCAAUGUUCCCACUGAGGAGAGCUCAUUGACAUUUGGUGAUAUGGAGCUGAAGAACGACCUCAGUGCUGUUCGAAAGGAUUAUCCUCUUCUACUAACACGGAAUUUAAUGCAUAGGAGUUCGUCAACUCCUUGUCUUUCACCUACUGGGAGGGAUAUCCAACAGAGAGAUCAGAGUGGUCCGAUUGAGAUCUUGGGGCAAUCACCUCGCUUUGCCAGAACAAAACUACUUGUCAAGGAUAUUGCCAAGGCGAUGAAGAUUGGGGUUGAUCCGAUCCCUGUUCAUAGUGGGCUUGGUGGUGCAUAUUAUUUCAGAAACAGCAAAGGUGAGAGUGUUGCCAUAGUGAAGCCAACUGAUGAAGAACCAUUUGCGCCAAACAAUCCGAAAGGAUUUGUGGGUAAAGCUCUGGGCCAACCAGGCUUGAAAGAACCAUUUGCGCCAAACAAUCCGAAAGGAUUUGUGGGUAAAGCUCUCGGCCAACCAGGCUUGAAAGGUUCAGUGCGGAUUGGGGAAACAGGGUUCAGAGAAGUUGCAGCUUAUCUUCUUGAUUAUGAUCACUUUGCUAAUGUACCUCCCACUGCACUGGUGAAGAUCACUCAUUCAAUCUUCAAUAUCAAUGACGGAGCAAUUGGAAACAAGCCUCAAAACAAGAAGCUUGUCAGUAAGAUUGCCUCAUUUCAGGAGUUCAUCCCACAUGAUUUUGAUGCCAGUGAUCAUGGAACCUCAAGCUUCCCUGUUGCUGCUGUACAUCGAAUUGGAAUCUUAGACAUUAGGAUUUUCAACACAGAUAGGCAUGCAGGAAACCUUUUGGUGAGGAAGCUUGAUGGUAUUGGGAGGUUUGGUCAAGUGGAACUGACUCCAAUUGAUCAUGGUCUCUGUUUGCCAGAAAGUUUGGAGGAUCCAUACUUCGAGUGGAUCCACUGGCCUCAGGCUUCAAUACCAUUCUCAGAGGAUGAGCUUGAGUACAUAGAGAAUCUUGAUCCUAAUAGGGACUCUGAGAUGCUACGAAGUGAGCUUCCCAUGAUUCGAGAGGCUUGCCUCCGAGUCUUGGUUCUCUGCACAGUUUUCCUCAAGGAAGCUGCUGUUUUUGGUCUCUGUCUCGCUGAAAUUGGUGAGAUGAUGAGUAGGGAGUUUCGUGCUGGUGAGGAGGAACCUAGUGAGCUUGAGGUUGUAUGUAUUGAGGCGAGGAUGCUGAUGGCCGAGAGGGAGAUUAUAUCUCCCAAGGCUGAAGAAGCAGAUGAGGGCUUCCAAUUUGAUAUGGACUGUGAGGAAGCAGGAGGAUUUGACUUCACUAGGAAGAUGGUAUCAGAGGACUACAUGACUGGGAUGCCAUUCCAUUUUGGUUUUGGAGGUGGUAAUGGCCGUUCUCCAUUUUCUAGAAUAGAGGAAAGCAUUGAGGAGGAGGAAAGUGAUGAUGAAGACGACGACGACGACGAAAAGAGAUUUGUAGGUCUUCCAGCCACUGGUAAGAUCCCAACCGUUUCUAAGCUGUCAAUGUCCCUCAAGAAUACCAGUUUCGGUGAGAAGAUCCCGAAAUACCAGAAAUUAUCUGGAGCAAAACUAGAAAAUGGGUACCUGGCUGCUUCAUCAUCCGGCCAUAGCAGUGCAAAUGAGCAGCUUCCAGCAAGCGUGAGCUUUGUGAAGCUAGCAGACAUGACCGAGGAGGAAUGGGCACUGUUUUUAGAGAAGUUCCAAGAGCUGCUGUACCCAGCAUUUGCCAAGCGGAAGUCUGUGACACUCGGUCAGAAGCAGAGACAGAGGCUCGGGACCUCUUGCCAGUUUUGA